AUGGACGACCCACUGUACAAGCUCGAGUUCCUCUCCCUUGUCUCCAAGAUCACUACAGAAAUUGAGAAUCAUGUUGGCAUCAAUGAUCGUGUCCUGGCCGAGUUUGUGAUCUCGCUGCAUGAGCAGGCUGGCUCCCUCGAUGCGUUUCAGCGCAAACUCGACGAGGCCGGCGCAGAAUUUCCUUCAGAUUUCGUGCAAAGUCUUGAUCGGCUCAUUACGACUUUGCAUCCUACACACAAGAAGGCGAAAGCGGCGGCAACCGCUGCUGCCUCCGCCACGUCAACAGACGACGCCUUGGCGGCGCGUGAGCGUCAAGCUCAUAAACUGCCUGGCCUUGCCAUCAAAGAUCAGGCAUGGGAAGAACCCGACUACUACCGUGAGGCUCCUCCGAAGCGGCCCAAGCCCGCCUCUACAGCCCCGCCGGACGAGCCUGAGCGUGGUCGCCCCCGCGCGCCACGACCGCCGCCGGACCAGGCGCCCAUCGUCUCGAAAAUCUACGAAGGCCGCGUUGCUGCGAUCAAGGACUUUGGUGCCUUUGUAACGCUAGAAGAUGUACAAGGUCGGCCGGAUGGGCUCGUACAUAUUAGUGCGCUAGGCAGUGGCGGUGGUCGAAUCCAGCAUCCGUCCGAUGUUGUCUCUCGCAACCAGCCUGUCAAAGUCAAGGUGUUGGCCGUGGAUGGAAAGCGCAUCAGUUUGUCCAUGCGUGAUGUGGAUCAGAUCACAGGGCGGGAUCUAAGUGCGAGCCAGCGCCCUGCGCCGGAUCGUUCGUGGCGUGCUACCGGGGCCAACACCGCGCCGUUGGGCGGCGGGCCUGCCCCUCCGCCCAGCGCUGACGACCGACGUGGGCGCACGGCCAAGCGCCUAACCAGCCCGGAGCGCUGGGAAAUCAAGCAGCUCAUCGCUAGCGGCGUGGCGAAGGCCAGUGACUACCCAGAGCUGAUGGACGAAGACUUUACGACACCUGCUUCUCGUUUGGCAGGCGACGAUGCGGACGAAGAGGUGGAGAUUGAAGUCAACGAAAAAGAGGCGCCUUUCCUGGCAGGCCAAACGGCUGCCUCGUUGGAGCUGUCCCCAGUACGGGUGGUCAAGGCGCCUGAUGGCUCGCUCAAUCGAGCGGCUCAGGCCGGCACGGCUCUCGCGAAGGAACGACGUGAGCUGCGGCAGCAGGAAAUGAACGAGGCAGCAGAUAAGCAAGCCAAGGAUAUGUCUACCGGUUGGCUCGAUCCCAUGGCGCAGGCCAGUGAUAAGAAGUUCGCGCAAGACAUGCGUGGCUCUGCGCUGGGGCAGCAGGCGCAGCAGCAACCUGCCUGGAAGAAGCACACGUUUAACAAAGCCACCACGUUCGGUAAGAUUACCAAUCUCAGCAUGCAAGAACAGCGUGAGAGCCUGCCUAUCUUUAAACUGCGGGAGCAGCUGGUGCAGGCUGUGCGUGACAAUCAAGUGCUUGUGGUCGUCGGCGAUACCGGCUCCGGGAAAACGACACAGCUCACGCAGUACUUGGCGGAGGAAGGCAUGGCCGAUCACGGGAAGAUUGGGUGUACGCAGCCUCGUCGUGUCGCCGCCGUAAGUGUCGCGAAGCGUGUAGCGGAAGAAGUGGGAUGCCGUGUCGGACAGGAAGUGGGGUACACCAUCCGCUUUGAGGACUGCACGAGCCCCGAGACACGUAUCAAGUACAUGACCGAUGGUAUGCUACAGCGUGAGUGUCUGGUUGACCCGGACGUGAGGGCGUACUCGGUGCUGAUGCUGGACGAGGCGCAUGAACGUACGAUCGCGACAGAUGUGCUAUUUGGCCUCCUGAAAAAAGCCCUCAAGAAACGACCGGAGCUCAAGCUGAUCGUGACGUCCGCAACGCUCGAUGCCGAAAAGUUCAGCAACUACUUCUUCAACUGCCCCAUCUUUACGAUUCCCGGCCGCACAUACCCUGUGGAGAUCUUGUAUACCAAAGAGCCGGAACCAGAUUACUUGGACGCGAGUCUGAUCACCGUGAUGCAGAUUCACUUGUCUGAGCCACCUGGCGAUAUUCUCGUGUUCCUGACAGGCCAGGAAGAAAUCGAUACCAGUUGCGAGAUCUUGUAUGAACGAAUGCGGGCUCUCGGGCCUGGUGUCCCCGAGCUGAUUAUUCUGCCGGUGUACUCUGCCCUCCCCAGCGAGAUGCAGUCACGCAUCUUUGAGCCCGCCCCGCCUGGCGCUCGCAAAGUCGUGCUGGCGACGAACAUCGCCGAGACAAGUAUCACGAUCGACGGCAUCUACUAUGUCGUCGACCCUGGCUUCGUGAAGCAGAACGCGUACGAUCCGCGCCUCGGUAUGGAUUCGCUUGUCGUCACGCCCAUCUCGCAAGCGCAAGCACGGCAGCGUGCCGGUCGUGCUGGCCGUACAGGCCCGGGCAAGUGCUAUCGUCUGUAUACUGAGGCGGCCUACCGCAACGAAAUGCUUCCGAAUCCCAUCCCGGAUAUCCAGCGGCAGAACUUGGCAUCGACGAUCUUGUCGCUGAAAGCGAUGGGCAUCAACGACUUGCUGCACUUUGACUUCAUGGAUCCACCGCCAGCCCAGACCAUGCUGACGGCGCUUGAGUCGUUGUAUGCCUUGUCAGCCCUGGACGACGAAGGCUUGCUCACGCGCCUUGGCCGCAAGAUGGCUGAUUUCCCCAUGGACCCACCCAUGGCCAAAAUGCUCAUUGCCAGUGUUGACUUGGGCUGCAGUGAAGAGUUGCUGAGCAUUGUGGCCAUGCUUAGUAUCCCCAAUGUGUUUUACCGGCCAAAGGACAAGCAGGCACAGGCCGAUGCUAAGAGGGCCAAGUUCUUCCAACCGGAAGGCGAUCAUUUGACGUUGCUUACGGUGUACAAUGGCUGGGUCGCUAGUCGGUUCUCCAUGCCAUGGUGCAUCGAUAACUUUAUACAGGGACGUGCCCUGCGGCGUGCACAGGAUGUGCGCAAGCAGCUUGUGGGCAUUAUGGACCGAUACCACCACGAUAUCCUAUCAUGCGGCUCGAACUACAAUCGCAUUCGCCGCGCAAUCUGCUCGGGCUAUUUCCGUAACGCUGCCAAGCGCGAUCCCCAGGAGGGUUACCGUACUUUGGCGGAAGGCGGCGGUAACGUGUACUUGCACCCCUCGAGCAGCCUCUUCCAUCGUCCACCCGAGUAUGUGGUGUACCACGAAGUGGUCAUGACAUCGAAGGAGUACAUGCGCGAAGUCACGGCCAUUGAGCCCAAGUGGCUCGUGGAAGUCGCGCCACGAUUCUUCCGCACGGCCGACCCUGCGAAUAUAUCCAAGCGCAAGCGCCAGGAAAAGAUCCAGCCAUUGUUUGACCGAUACGCCAAGGAUCAGGACGACUGGCGUCUCUCCAAGCAGCAACGUUUGGCACGUGUCGUGCAAUCUCAAACCUUUUAG